AUGGCUACUCGUGUGCAGCCCGAUCGCAUUGCGUCCCACGGAAGAGGUGGUGCAGGCAACAUUCUCAAGGAAGACCCUUCUACCUACACGAAGCCCGAAGACCUCGUUACCCCAACCAUAAAGUCCAACUUGUACACGACAGGCAGGGGUGGCAACGGGAACAUGGCCCACAACGACCUUACCAACCCCGAGAUGGCACGCCUUGCGCAAGACGUCAUUGCACCUUCUCACACGGAGACACAACCUCAACUCGGCGGUCGUGGCGGAGCAGGAAACUACAUUGGACAAGAUGGCCGACGCAAGAGCGGAGAGACCAAGGGCGAGGAAGGUGGCGCGUCGAAAGGCCUGCUUGGGAAGGGCAUGGAGUUCUUGCAGAAACUCAAGAACUAA